ACCGACGUGUUGAUGCUUUUCCUGGAGCUGUCGUGCAAUUAUUGAUUAAACAUCGAUAAAGGAAUAAUAUAUUAACUGUUCUGUAGUGUUUUUUCCGUAAAUACGUGUAAAGUAAAUAUUUAAUUUGAGUAAAGCUAUGGAAGAAUUAAGUCCAUUCGUCAAAAACGGAACUUUUUAGAGGAGAAGUCUCUUUAAAAAGAAUUAUAUUCGCGUAUUUUCCGCUAAAAUACCUUCAUAAAACAAAUCGGCGACGACUCAUUUUAAUUAUUCAAACAGUUGUGUAAAGGAAAGUGUGUAUAUAUGUCUCUGAUGCUUUUAAACCGAACAAAAAUACCAAACUCAAAGGUAAAAAAGGGAAAUUUAAUAAAAACUGACGAAAUCAAAUUAUCGCUAUCACAGAUGUUCUUAUGUUUUCUUACGUAAAGAAUAAUUAAUCCUUAAUCAUUUCAAUUACGGCGCUUUUUAGCCUGAAGCUCAAACGACAGAUUUUUGUAAUAUUCUCUUGUUAAUCCUUAUCGUCGUUGUCAUUGUUAUUCGAUAAUCUCGUUUCUAUUAUGAAAUAAUAACCUGGUAAAUUCUUGAUUUAAAUAUGUUUUCUGAAGUUUUUACUUCAGUUAGAGUCCGGCAUUCGUACUACAACAUCCGCUCGAUUUGUAAAAGUACAUCAAUUUGUAACAUUUGUGAAACUUGUGUCUAAUUUUUCGAGUGGAGUUAAUUAAAGCGAGUAUUCUCAGUCAACUCUUUGAAACAUGAAGUCGACACAACUGUGGAUAUUUAUCUCUCUGUUUAGGGUAGCUAUAUUGCACAGAAACACAGACGUUCAAAGCCUUCUCACACAGAUCUUUACAAAUAAUAGCUAUAACAAGUUGAUACGGCCAAGUACCGACCAAUCGGCACCAACGGAGGUUGAUAUCAGAUUUAAUCUUUAUGGAAUAAAUGACGUAAAUGAAAUUGAUCAAAAACUUAUAACUGCAGGAUGGCUGAGUAUAGUUUGGAAAGACGAUCUUUUAACAUGGACACCAGCUUCUUAUAAUGGGUUAUAUAUACUGUAUUUACCGCAGGAUAAUGUAUGGAAACCUGACAUAUCAUUACAAAAUGGAUUUAGCGAGUUGGAAGAGCUAGGAUCAAAGUUUAUUCAAGUGUUAGUCGGUAGUUCUGGCUAUUUAACGUGGAGACCUUCUCAGGUAUUUGAAACUAGAUGCAAUUUGGAUUCAAAAUAUUUCCCUUUCGAUGAACAUAAGUGUGACAUAAUUUUUGUGUCAUGGAGUCAUUCAUCUCAAGACAUUGUUUUGACACAGACCACUAACGGUAUAGAACUUUCUGACGGAUUGGAGAGUCAUGGUGAGUGGGAAAUCACCUCCUCUUCUGCCACAAUUGAGUUCGACUACAUGACAUCCAGUGUAAAGUUCACCAUAGUAAUUAAAAGAAAGCCUUUGUAUAUGAUUUUACAUAUAAUUCUACCAAUUAUUUUGUUGGCGUUGUUAGACAUCUUUACUUUUAAGAUUCCUGCGGAUACUGGUGAACGUUUAGGCUACACAAUAACUGUCUGGUUGUCAUUUGCUGUAUUUCUAACCAUCGUCUCAGAUUCUCUUCCCCAAACCUCAGAAUCAGUUCCAAUAGUAUCAAUUUAUAUUAUUAUACAACUGCUCAUGGGAACUUUAGUUGUUUUGAUAUCGACCGUAGAAGCUGGUCUAAUUACAAAUCCAGACAGUGUACCAGUGUAUAAAAUAUUGAGAUUUAUUGCACUGCGGUUGCGUCAAAACAACGUAAAAUCGGCGGAAUAUACAGAGCCGAAAAUAGAUUCAGAAAUAGAUUCGGAAAUACCGGAGGUUAAGUGGAAAGAAGCAAUAAACGCAUUAGACACGUGUUUGUUCUAUAUAAGUAUGGGAAUCUUCCUUCUUACUACUAUUAUUUGCUUAUGUAUUAUAGCAACAUAAAUAUAAUUGCUUGCGAUGAUUUAAA